GCUAAUUUGGGGUGGGGGAGAAAUCACCUAUUUUAAAAGAUAUAGGGUUACCUUGUAACUUUUUCCUAAAUGUUGAUUUAAAAGAGCCAACUUACCACUGUCAAAAAUGUUAAACCCUCCUACCCCUAAAAUAUGCCAAGAGGUACCUAGUGAUUUACAUUCACAAAACAGUGUUAUAUGACACCUGGGGCUUUUAUACUGCAUCUCUUAUUAUUUCCUGCAUCCUUUAGGAACACCUUACCUCUGUGCUUUCUGCCAGCUUCUCAAAUAAGAUCUUCCUAUCCCAUUUUCCCAAAUCUUUAAAGAGAUUCUAUCUGGUUGUAAGGUUUGGUCAUAACACAAAUGUCACAUGUGGCCUCCUGAACCUUUGCAUCAGCUUCACCUUGAAGCCAUACUUAUGUUAAAGGUUAAGGAAGGAUGCCCUGUAAUGUUGUCAGCGCACCUUCACCAGCAAGUCAAGCUUGCUGAUCAGAAACAACGUGCUCCCCAAGACAGACGGCAGCUGGGCACGCAAGACAGAUGACAGCUACAAGCUGAAUGUCUAGGAAAUCAGGGUAAUCACUAGCCCACUGGGUAGAACUCUGAAACUCUGUCAAAGGACAUACUGACACAGUUUCAAAUAAUACCACACUGCUUUGAAUGGUAGGCAGCAAGGCAAGAAGCAGACCAUCCUGAGCUGCUCCUUCCCAGCAGUGACAUCUACAAGGGCAGAGGGAGACGCAGAAGCAGAGGCAGAAAGGAUGAUUUUGUGCCCUUUGGGUAAAGCACAACUCAUCACAAGUUAUUCACUAGUGAACGUGUCAAUUUUGCAGACACAGCAGGGGAGAAAAGCAAGAUCAUUUUUAAAUAUUAAAGUCCGUGUGUUAUAAAAUUUUACACCAAAAAUGAUUUUCAAGCAUAAGAUAUUUUACCCAUUAAAACAGAGUUUGGCAAACUGUUGCCUGAGUCAAGCCAGAAGCCUGUUUUCACACAGCCCCUGAGCACAGAAUGUUUUUUACAUUUUAAUGUAUUUUACAUUUUUAUUUAUCUGGUUUAUUUGAAAGAAACAGAGAGACCUCACAUCCACUGGUUGACUCUCCAAAUGCCUGCAAUAGCUGGGGCUGAAACAAGCUGAAGCCUGGAGUCAAACACUCAGUCCAGGAGUCCCACGUGGUUGCUAGGAACUCAGUGGUAAUAUUCUGAGGGAGCCUGUUUGCUUAGGAGGAUGUGAACACAUCUUCUGUAGUAACUGUGUAAGUGACUGCAUUGGAACCAGAUGUCCAGUGUGCCAUACCCCAGCCUGGAUUCAAGACGUCAAAAUAAAUAGACAGUUGGGCAGCAUGAUCCAACUUUGUAGUAAACUUCGAAAUUUGCUCCAUGACAAUAAGCUUCCAGAUUUGAAAGAAGAUACAUCUAGAACACGUUUAUUUAAUGAUGCAGAAAGCAAGAAGAAUUCAAUAAAAAUGUGGUUUAGUCCUCGAAGUAAGAAGGUUAGAUACAUUGUGAGUAAAGUCUCAGUGCAAACCCAGCCUCAAAAGAUGAAAGAUGAAAAUACUCAGCAAACCUCAAUGUAUGAAUUUGUCUCUGCAACUCCUCCUACAGAUGUUCCUAAGAAGGCUAAAAAGAAUUCUACAACAUCUGGGAAAAAGCAGAAAAAGAAAACUUUAGCUGAAAUCAACCAAGAAUGGAAUUUAGAGGCAGGAAAAGAAAAUAGUGAAACUGACUUGAAAGAUGAAUGUAAGGAAAAGCUGGUAUCCUUUUGUAGCCAACCAUCUGUUAUUGCUAGUCCACCCGUAAACGAUGAGAUAGACUUACUAGCAAGUGGCUCUGUCAUAGAAUGUGAGCCUUUAGGAAACUUAACUGAAGCCACUUUGCCUCUGGCUGAGCAAAUCGAGUCUCCAGACAUUGAGACCAAGAGUGAAGUGACUCUUGAGGAGGUCUGUGAAAACUAUCCUACAUCUAAAAGAUCUUUGCCAUUAGAUGGAAAAGGAAAACGUAGACUUCCCAGUCCUGUUUCUAAGAAACGAAGAAGCAGCACUCCAAGCACUAGUAGAGAUUUUCCUAAGCAAACAGAGAUUUCAGAAAAUGUGCCAUUACCUAAUUGUUCCUCACCACCAUCAAACAAACGUAAAGUUGGUACCACAUUGAGCAGAAAAAGCAGUAAUGUACCAGAGGAAUCCCUGAACCUUUCACCAGGUACUCCACCUUCUUCCUUGAAUAGCUCAACUUACAGACGAAUGAUGUCCAGCCCCUUGGUACUGAAGUCAUCUCCUGGUAGCCUUAUGGCUGGGAAAAGGAACCAUAGAGGAGAGACUCUGCUCCAUGUUGCUGCAAUUAAGGGUGAUGUGCCUUCUGUUGAAUACCUCUUACAAAAUGGAAGCGACCCAAAUGUUAAAGACAAUGCUGGAUGGACACCAUUGCAUGAAGCAUGCAAUCAUGGGCACCUGAGGGUGGUGGAAUUGUUGCUCCAGCACAAGGCCCUGGUGAACAGCACAGGGUACCAGAAUGAUUCCCCUCUUCACGAUGCAGCCAAGAACGGGCACCUGGAUAUAGUAAAGCUCUUGCUGUCCUACGGAGCCUCGAGGAAUGCUGUUAACAUAUUUGGUCUACGGCCUGUGGAUUAUACAGACAAUGAAAAUAUGAAAUCACUAUUGCUGCUACCAGAGAAGAAUGAAUCAUCUUCAACUAGACAUGGCUUGGUAUUGAACACUGGGCAUCGUAGGGAUAGACCUCUUAUACUUAUAGGCAGUGGACUUUCUUCAGAACAGCAGAAAAUGCUCGAUGAGCUUGCAGCAAUUCUUAAAGCCAAAAAAUGUACGGAGUUUGACAGUACAGUAACUCAUGUCAUUGUUCCUGGUGGCACACUUCAAAGUACCCUGAAGUGUAUGCUGGGAAUUCUCAAUGGAUGCUGGAUCCUAAAAUUUGAAUGGGUAAAAGCAUGUCUACAAAGUAAAACUUGUGAACGGGAAGAAAAAUAUGAAGUUCCUGAUGGACCACAAAGAAGCAGGCUCAACCGAGAACAACUGUUGCCAAAACUGUUUGAUGGAUGCUACUUCUAUUUUGGAGGAACCUUCAAACACCUUCCAAAGGACAAUCUUAUUAAGCUUGUCACUGCAGCAGGGGGGCAGGUUCUCAGUAGGAGACCCAAGCCAGACAGUGAUGUGACUCAAACUAUCAACACAGUUGCAUACCAUGCCCAACCUGAUUCUGAUCAGCGCUUUUGCACACAGUAUAUCAUCUAUGAGGAUUUCUCCCCUCAUUAUCACCCAGAAAGGAUUCGGCAGGGCAAGGUCUGGAUGGCCCCAUCAAGCUGGUUUAUAGGCUGUGUGAUGGCCUUUGAGUUGCUUCCUCUUGACAGCUGAAUAUUACACCUUGUGAGCAUUGGAAAGUGAACUUGCAUAGUUUGUGAGAACCCAACCAUUGAUCAGUCACAUUUUUACAAAUAGGUAAUGUCAUUAAAAUUUUUUCUUCCUUGAAUUAAACAGAUUAGGGAUUCACUCUAUUUACCUUGUAGAUGCUAAUGUUGCUUAAAUGGAUUUUUCUUUUUAAAACUGGCACAUGAUUUUUGAUUCAUCACAUCUGUUAUUCAUAUUAUCAGCCAGGAAUAGUGAAAAGGUAUCAGAGGUCUGGUUAAAUAUACAAGUGGUAGUGUUACUGUUUCAUCCUCGUAAUACUCUUUAGUGAAAAAAUUUCACACUUGCCACCAGCAAAAAUACUUUCCAUCCUUUAGUAAACCAGGAAUAUUGUUAAAUAGUUUACUCUUAAUUUAUUGUAUUGAGAAGAGGAUCGGAUCUGAAUGUGCACUAGCCAGAACUGUUCUUCUUACGUUGUGUUUUAUUUAGUUUCUUAUAAUUCUCUUGAGUUUCUGUCCCUUCAUUUUGAUCCAUUAUUUUUAUCUUUUGUGUUCAUGAGGAAAUCAUGACUUCAAUCUUAAUGCUGUUUAUUGCUGAUGAAAAUCAACAUUGGGCUCAUGGCACUCAUUUUUAUUGUGCACAUAUUCUUAUUAUCUCUCAGUUUGUAACUUUACUAUAUGCAUAUAUGUACUUAAGAGCAUUUUCUCUAACAUUUUAAUAUCAGUAUUUCUUAGAAGGUCUCAUCAGUUUAGCAAAUUGUCAAUCAAAUGUCAAUAUAUUUAGAAGUGUCUUUUUUCUGAUGGAUCUUACUAAGUAUUGCUAUAAUAAUGUUUUUUGAACUUCUAAAUUUCUUCCUUUGCAAAAAUUUGUUUAAUAGUUUUAGAUUGGUCUGCGGACAGAGUUGGAGAUUGCUUGACUAAGCACAGAUUUUUUUUUCCAGGUCACACAAAAGGCCUUAAUGUGAAGUAUAGGGACAAGAGUGGGAAGGACGUAAUUGCCAGCACCAAAAUAGUGAGGGCCUUAAGCUGUGGGCAGGACAUCAGCUGAGAAUGGGGUGAUGUCUCUGGUCUAACUGUUCCCAUCUGUGAAUCAGUAAGAACAGAUCAGGUAAUUCUGAUAGAUAUUUUUAAGAGGCAGAAUUUUUUUAAUAAGGCUUUCUUAGAAAUUGUAUGUUGGUGUGAUAUUAAAGGUGUGGGGAAGCACACGCUAUGAGAUUGGCCAGCCACAGAGGACACUUUGCUCACUACAGUAAUAGAAUAUCCCUGAGUUUACCAUACUGAGAGUCUUCUGAAGGUAAUCAAAAAUUUAAAGUCUACUUAUUUGAAGUUUGAGAUUCUACUGAUCCUUUAAAAAUACAGUUUACUUGAAUUCCUUCUUUGACAUAUUAUUUUUCCAUUUCAACAAAUAUAUUAUGUGAGCAAAAUAAUAUGCUUCUGACCUUGACCUUCCAAGCUGGUUGAGCUCUGAAGCACUCUCUAGGACUGGGCAUGUAUUUGUCCCAAAUUUCAUUCUAAUGGAGAAGGAUGAACACUGUAGUAACAAGCAAAUCUGAGGAACUAGAUAAUGUCCAGGUUAAACAGUUCAAGGCUCUGGAACUUUAGUAGUCACUUUUAUUGAUACUGAUUUCAGUCACUUUAUUUUACCUCAUAGGUCCCAUUCCUAGACAGGUCUGAAUCCCUGUUUGUAAAAAUAUAUUUGGGGUUUCCUGUUUACCUGCCUUAUUCGUUUUCUUGGUUUAGCACUCCCUCCUUAUGCUUUUCUUCCUUCCCCACCCCAAUGUUAAGCAGAAUUAUUUUUGGUUUCUUUAAAUACUGUUUUGUGACAGUAGCUGAUUUGUGUUAAGCUCUUGAAACUAUAGAUUGUAUUUCCUGUAUAGAUACACUUGUAAUUAAUUUCAUUUCAAUCAUAGAUUCACAUUUCCUUUUUAUUUGACAUAAAUAAUUAAAUUUAUUGGUGUUUCCAUAUGUAUGUUUCUUUUGUAAAAGUGAUUUACUCUGUUCUUAAAGAAUGAAACUCGACUUGUGAAGAAAUCUUUCCACUAACAAAAGCCCUAUCUUUUUAACAUUAAUACUUUUUACAUUAAUUUUGAACAAAAAUAUUUCUAAAAUAAGGUAGAUACUUUAUAAGCUUAAAUUGUUCUGCAUAUAAUGUGACUUUGAUAGUUGGAAUCAUAUUCAAAGAAUCACACAGUGAUUCCAUCCUGGUUCUAUUAAGGUCAGAGAUCUAUCAGCUUUUCUCUUUCUUAAAUUUUUAAAAAGAGAAAAAAUUUAUUUAUUUAUCUAAGAGGUAGAGUCACAGAUGGAGGGAGGGAGAAACAGAGAAAAGUCUUCCCUCUGCUGAUUCACUCCUCAAAUGACCUUGAUGGGCAUAGCUGAGCUGAUCUGAAGCCAAGAUCCAGGAGCUUCAACCAAGUCUCCCACAUGGGUUUAGGGGCCCAUGCACUUGGGCCAUCUUCCAUUGCUUUCCCAGACCAUCAGCAGAGAGCCGAAUUGGAAGAAGAGCAGCUGGGACACUAAUGGGCACCCAUAUGGGAUGCUAGUGCUACAGGCGGAAGCUUAGUCUACUAAUAGUUCACUCUCCAAUUGGCUGCAAUGGCUGGGGCUGAGCCCAAGCCAAAGCCAGGAGCCCAGAAUUCAAUAAGGAUCUCGUGUGAGUGGCAGAGGCCCACCCACUGUGUCAUCUUCCAGUGCCUUCCCAAGUGCAUUAGUAGACAACUGAAUCUGAAGUGGAGCAGCCAUCUGUUGAUCCAGGGCUCCAUUAUGGGAUGCCAGUGUAACAUGCAACAGCUGAACCCUGUGCACCUCAAUGCCAGCCUGAGAUUUCAAUCUUUGCACCAAAUAAGCAUAUUUUAAUUCCACAUAAAGGACCCUUGUAUUUCACAUGACUGUUUUUAAGGUGUCUGCACUUGGCAGCUUUCUUCCCUUUUUUUUUUUUCCUCUUGAUAGCUGUAGCUUUGUAGCUAUUUAUCUCUAAUACUUUUUCACAUCUAAUUUGUUUUUUCUUAAUUGCUGAAAAAUAGAAACAAGAGAGGAAAUAUAUUAGAAUUAUGAAUAAAAUAAGGACAAAUGUGCAGUGCAAGAGAGUUUUAGUGAUUCACCUAAGAGAUUCUUGAAUUUCACUAAAUAGAAUUUGCUGUUUAUGUCACCUGUCUCAAUUUCUGUUGAGCCCGCUCUGUGAAUUGGUAGUUAGGUGAUGUCUUCAUAGAAGAAGAAUGUCCUGGGAGGUCUGACGUUUCCUCUGGGAAUGAGAAGAUUCAGGGAAGGGGAAGCCAUGUGGACAGUUGCUGCCUCUGUCGUUAGUGUAGAGAAGGGGUUAAAGUGUCCUAAAGGCUCGUGGACCUCUUUGUAGUCCAAAUGCGAACAUACGAAAUAGCAGAAAAGUAUGCUGAUUUUACUCAAUAAUUAAAAGUUGCUAUUUUCUUUGGAGGUGGCUUGAACUACAAUUUGUGAUCUUGAUAUAUGCCUUGGUAAGUUAUAUUUUUUCGACACUGUAUACAUCAACUACUUAAUAAAUAAAGACUAAGCAGUUAUCCUGUU